GUGUCUUCGGGGUCUCUGCCUCCCCUCCACCCCCCCUUCUUCCAUAGGUAGUCCAUAAUGAGUGUCCAUUGGUUUUUAUUACGCCUUGUCCCCCUCCCACUGGCCGGCUUCGCCCUGCCCAUGUUUUCUAUGUCUCAGUCCGUCCAUCUCCUGACGUUCAAGUUCGCAGGAACGUCACGUCCGCACUUGAACUUGCAGCUCAGGGGGGUAUCGCUGUACCCCCAUCACUCUGUCUUUGCGUAAAAAGUCAUGAAGAGGUCCGCACAGCCCGUAGCGCGCGACGCCUCACCCUCUGUGUGAUCUGCCGUUCAUUUUUUCUUUUUUUUUUCCUAUUUGGAUGUCAGACGCAUCAAUGAAGAUAUUUCAUUUGGAGUCUACCUUAUAGGAACGGAUUUCCCAAUGUGAACUCAGCUGAAAAGCCGCCACUAAACCAACAUGUCUCGCCGCAAGCAAGGCAAACCCCAGCACUUGAGCAAACGGGAGUUUUCGCCUGAGCCGCUGUCAGGUGUUUUACCAGAAGAAGACUCUCAGGACUCCCCCAGGCUGGGAGUGGCUCAGGGCGAGCCCCUCAAAGGGGACCAGGACCUGCUGACCUGCGGCCAGUGCCACUCCCGCUUCCCCCUGGCCGACAUCCUGCUGUUCAUUGAACACAAACGGAGGCAGUGCCACGGGAGCCUCUGUAUGGACAAACCCCUGGACAGGCCGCCAUCCUCCCCGCUCGCCUCACCCCUCUCCACGUCCUCGUCGCACUCGCGGAGCCACCAUCAGCACCCGCGGAGGGCGUGUCACCCCGUGGAGGUGGCCGUUCAGGUGUCGCCGCAGGAUGAGGAUUGUUUAUCUACGCCCUUGCAAGGAAUAAUCCCCAAGCAGGAGAAUAUCACAGAUAAAGAUGAGCCCAGCAGCUACACCUGCACCACCUGUAAGCAGCCCUUCACCAGUGCCUGGUUCCUGCUCCAGCAUGCCCAGAACACCCACGGCUUCCGCAUCUACCUGGAGAGCGAACCCGGCAGCCCCCUCACCCCCCGCGUGGCUGCAGCUCCAGGGAUGGGGGGUGACUGUGCCUCCUCUCAGCCUCCCCUCCAUGCUGUCCACUUGGCGGAUGGCAGUCCUUACAGCCUCCUGAGGAUGCCCGGCUCUGGCUCUGGCAGGGAUUCGGCGUCCACGCCUCGCGAGGGCCGUUACCCCAGAACACCGCCACUGUUCAGCCCGCCCCCACGCCACCACCUCAGCCCCGAUGACCUGGCUUUGGCAACACACCAUCCCAGCGCCUUUGACAGGGUGAUGAGGCUCAACUCAGUGCCAUUAGAGGCCCCUCCAAUGGACUUCUCUAGACGUCUACGUGAGCUGGCAGGGAACGCCACAGGAGCUUCCCCGCCACUCUCUCCUAACAGGCCCAGCCCUAUGCAACGGCUGCUGCAGCCAUUCCAGCCAGGUUCAAAGCCUCCAUUUUCAGCCACGCCGCCCCUCUCCACUUCUCAGUCACCAUCUGGCUCACGCUCCACCCCCAAUGCCAUUUCCAACACCGCCCAGCCAGGCACACCUCUCAAGGCAAAGUCUUGUGAGUUCUGCGGAAAGACCUUCAAGUUCCAGAGCAACCUAAUUGUUCACCGGCGGAGCCACACGGGGGAAAAGCCAUUCAAGUGUCACCUGUGUAACCACGCCUGCACCCAGGCCAGCAAACUGAAACGACACAUGAAGACGCACUGUCAGAACAAGUCUUCUGUGCUCAACGCCAAGUCAGAUGACGGCCUCUCCACUGCGAGCUCCCCUGAACCCGGUACCAGUGAUCUCAUGGGCAGUGCCACAGAUGCUCUCAAGUCAGUGGUGGCCAAGUUCAAGAGUGAGAACAAUGGCCUGAUGCCUGAAAAUGGAGAAGAAGAGGAGGACGAGGAGGAGGAGGAGGAAGAGGAAGAAGAAGAGGAGGAGGAAGAGGAGGAAGAAGAAGACGAGGAUGGAGAGGAGGAGGAAAUUGAGACUAAGCCAGGAGUCGGAGAAGAAGGGGAGGGAAGGAAUGACUAUCGUUUCAGCCUGCGGCUAGAGGGAGCCCGCCACCACCAGAAUAGUGAGGCACUGCACCCACACCGCCGGAGCUCGUCCCAGGAGCCCGGUGACGAGGACUCGGCCAUGGAGUCAGAUCGAGCAGAUGAUGGAAGCACCACUACCAUGAACGGCCUGGGACCUUUAUCCACAGACAGCCUGUCCAGGAAGCUGCUGAGUGGAAGGGUAAGCCCCGGCUCCCUCAGUCCCCUCUCCAAGCGCAUCAAGGUGGAGAAAGACCUCGAUCCCCCCACGCCCACUAUCCCGAACACGGAGAACGUGUACUCCCAGUGGCUUGCUGGCUAUGCUGCCUCACGACAACUCAAGGACCCCUUCAUCAGCUUCACAGGUGGGGACUCCAGACAAUCGCCCUUUGCCUCCUCAUCUGAGCACUCGUCAGAAAAUGGCAGCUUGCGCUUCUCCACUCCGCCCGGUGAACUUGACGGAGAGCGGGCUGCUUCAGGACGCAGCGGCACCGGCAGCGGGGCCAGCACUCCCCACGGCGGCAAUGGGAACGGCCGGCCGAGCUCUAAGGACGGCCGCCGCAGUGACACCUGCGAGUUUUGCGGCAAGGUGUUCAAGAACUGCAGCAACUUGACAGUGCACCGACGCAGCCACACGGGAGAGCGGCCCUACAAGUGUGAGCUGUGCAGCUACGCGUGCGCCCAGAGCUCAAAGCUCACCCGCCACAUGAAGACCCACGGACAGAUGGGCAAGGACGUGUACAAAUGUGAAAUCUGCCACAUGCCUUUCAGUGUAUACAGCACUCUGGAGAAACACAUGAAGAAGUGGCACAGCGACCGCCCUCUGGCUAAUGACAUUAAGACUGAGUAGGCAAAGAGCAGCAUGCUGGCAGCUCUCUCUCUUUCAGCUCCCCCAGCUAAAAAGCGACCCUGGCUAACUAGCCAAUAAGUGAGGGGAAAGGACAACAGGGUUAGACACCAGUACACGGUACAGCCCUGUUAUCAUCCCCGACUGGAAAAAGCUGAAUGCAUGAUCCAUCAUUGGGGCAAUACUAUUGCAUCAAAACUUUUGAGCCUUUCUAUUGUGCAAUAAUUUACACGUUUUGUAUUUUUUGUAACUGGACAGCAUGCUCGGUGUGUUUUGGCUACUUAGAGAGAAAAUUGUCCUCGGCUGGUGGGUUUGGUUGUACAUGUGUUGCUGUUUUGAUUUCUUCAACGUAAAAAAAAAGCUAGUUAUGAGAACCCAUGCUGCAUACAGUGCAUACUGUUUUACAUAUCAUGUACAGUUUUGUGUUCAAACAUAGUGGACAGUGUCAUAAUAUCGAAAACAUCAAGACAAGCAGGGUCACACUUAAAACUGAUCUUUGUGAAAGAUUUUCCAUGCAAGAUUGAGAUAAGAUUAUAUAUAUAAAUAUAUAGAAAUUGGGCUGCCUAUGAAAGGCACAAGCGCCAUUAAAUAUUUCUUUGACAAACAGCAAUGAAAUUAACAGUAUGGUGUGAAAUGACAACAAAGAGUGCCUUGGAUAUUUUACCUGCAUUAGUUAAUCCUCCUUUUUGCUAUAAGCUCGGAGUUUCAGCUAGAGAAGAUUACAUUUUUGUGCACAUAUGGAAUAAGCAGGUCCUUGCAUCAAGCACCUGUGCAACCCUGUUGUUUUGUGACUUAGCGGAGCAUAAGGAACCAGCUGAAACGAAAAAGAAAAAAAAAAUAUGUGUACCUCUGGUAAAUCAUUUAUCUGCCUGACUCAUGUAUAUUAUUCUCCAGAUUAUGAUUCUGUUUACUGGCAUGUUACAUGCUAAAAAAAGGAGUAGGUGUGUAGAGUUUUUGGUCUAGGUGUUUAUGUUUUUCCGGUACGUGUGUACCACACUGAGAGGGUAGUCUGACGAGUUGUUUUUAACCAACGUAAAGCUCUUAAUUUUCCAGAGUGUUUAUUUUCUUUGAAAAUUAAAAGUUUGCAGUUUUUAUUUUGUAGGUAGCACAGAAUUAUGUUUUCUUCUGUGUCAGUCAGGCAGCAGUGUAGCCAGCAGCCACUUGGAGACCAGAGUGGGUUUUUUUAGUUAAGCCAGACAGAUUUUGGGGUGAGGGUGGGGGGUUAGGGUGGGUGUCUGAGGGUAAGGGUAGCAGGGUGGGUGUGGGUUGACCAGGUGUCGCUACAAUUCAAUUGUUAUGUCCUUAUAGCGCUUAUUCUCUUUACCGCAUUAGAAGUUAGGAACCCUUAAGUAAUCUGAAACAUUUUUAUUAACUCACAUUGGAAACGAUCAAAAAAAAAUCAACAAAUUUCCCCCUUCUACACAUUUUUUUAAAAGUCAAUUUUACAUGUUUUGUGUUCUUUUCAGUUAAAAUGCUCUAGACUUCAUUGUGGUAUUUUUUUAAAAUCUCCAUCACCAGUCAUUGUUGAAGAUAUAGCACUUGUCACUCUGCCUUGGAUUCUGUAUCUGUCUCUCUAAUCGGAGGUACAGUCGGUUGAGUAUAAAAUGAGGACCGGAUUUCAGAUCUGGGACUACCUACGUGCACUGUUCAAUUUUCCCAGUUUACAGUCGGACGCUCAAGGGAAAAAACUUGCUCUUAUGCUGACAGAUUAGUUUGGUGUCAUUGCUUUGCAUUAAAAAAAUAAAAAGAAAAAAAAAGAGAAAGAACUAGAAACUGUUGCCAGCCAUGUCUCCUCCUGAGAGCCAAACAUCACUUUGGCUCUCGGGGGUAUCAAUGCAGGAACCGCCAUAGAAAUAUCCUGCUUCAUACCAACUAUAGAAAUAUACCGCUCAGUACAGAAAGAUCUACAAAUUUGAUUUAAAAAGAUAAGUAAAUUGUGUUGUUGAGUUUUUAAAGUAACACUUCAAUAUCUUUAGGGGAGAACCUUAUUUAAAUUUUGUUUUCUUUUUUUGUUUUUUUAAAUUCUCUUUUCUGUCUUGGUGACAUCCGGGACUUGAUCACUAUGUAAUGAACUGUAAUGAACGUGUCUCUCAUCUUUUCUGCCUUUACUAUACACUUCAGGUUGAACAAAAAUUUGCAUCGGGGAGAGAUUUAUGAUAUAUAAAUAUAUAGAGAGAACUUAAAACACAUAGGAAAAUGCACACUCAUGUAAGUUCCUAUGUUCAAAACACAUUUAUGGUCUACUUUUUUCCUGUAUUUAGAAUGGUAUUUAAAAUUAAUGUUCACUUAGUGUAGGCACUUAUAGUAUUUAUGUUGGAGCCUGUAUUUUUAACUGUUUUGCCUGUACUCUUUAAAGGUUUCAAUGUACCCUUUUUUUCUGUAGUGAAAAAAAUCCCAACAAGCUGCCACCGUAUAUUUUCUUAAUUUGGCAGGAUAAUAUAGUGUGAAUAAUUUGUAUGCUUGAAAAUAAGUAUGUUUUUGAAAAAUAAAAUGUUGUGGAGUUUCCCAAGGGGUGAAAGGUCAUGUAAUGGCCUUUUCAGGCAGUCCCGCUGGAGUGACCACAAUGAGGUAAAAACAGGUGGUUGUACAUAUCUUUUUAGUUUGUUUUAUAUAUUUUUCUCUCCUGCCAUUUUAUAUGCAGUAAUACAAGCUAUUGUUGGGUUUUCUCGGUAGCCAACUUUUUACUGUCCUUGAACAUGUACCACCUGAUAACAUUCCAGCCGUUUUUUGAAAAAGACCUUUUGUCAUAUGCAAUCAAUCCAACAUCAAUCUGAAAAAACAUUUUUUCUUUUUUUUUUUGCUACAGUUUUGUUAUUUUGAAUUUUGUUUUUCAUUGCCAAAAGAACCAUGGUGCUUUAUAAUUUAAAUAUGGUACAUCUCAUAUGCAAGGCAUAUUCUAAAUAUACCAGAAAUCAUAGAAAGAAAAAAGUUUGGUACAUGUUAUCAUUGCUGAUGGUACUGAGGUACAUUUGAGUUUUCAGCCUGAUUUCAUCCUGUGUUCUGUAUUUACUCUCAAGCUAUUUGUUCUGAACUGAACUUGAAGUUGACCUACGGCAUUGGUCGACAUUAUUUAUUAUGACUAUACACACACACACAUGCUCUGUUCAGAACGGAGUCACUGCAAAACAAAUCAGUUUGUUUUUCUCCCUCCUGAUGAAUUGUGAUGGCUUAAUUUCUCUGUUUGAUGACCAAAGGUCAUUGGCCGACAUUCAUGAGUUCUUGCUCGACUUACAGAUUUUUUGUUGUUGUUGUUUUUUCAGUUACGGAGAUGCCACUCUAUUUUCAGCUGUUGUCUGCAUUACUCUCUUCACUCAGCCAUUUUGUCUUGAAAAAAAUAAAAAGUAUUACAUACAUAUCUGAA